CGACGAGAAAUCACCAUACAAUAACCAAGUUUAAAUUGCAAUCCGAACGUUAAAUUGUCCUCCUUGCAUUCCACAACACUCCAACAUGACGGCAACCAUCGAGAACGUCCCAGCGGAAAUCCAAGUGAACCUUGACGAAGGCUUGGAACAGGCAGAUCGAAAGCUUCCCGUGGAUGAAGAUGACGACGCAGUGGUCGAUGAGAAACUCAAGCAUAUCGAAGAUGAGCUCAAGCUGGAACGCGAACACGACGACCCUGUCGAUGACGACGCGUUCAAGAGCAUCAGUUACGCCAAGCGUGUGGAAAAACUCGAUUCGUUGUUGGAGAAAGCUGGAGCAUAUUCCAAGUUCCUCUUGUCCAACAUGGAGCCAAUCCAAGUGGAAGCGAACGUGGUCGAUAAUGCAGCAACACCAUUGUCGAGCAAGAAGAGGAAGGGCCGGCAGCCCAAAAUCAAAGAUGGCGCGUCGAAGUUGCAAAAGAUCAACGAAAACCAAUCGGGUGCUCACACCGUGUCUGAGAUGAAGUUCAAACAACCGUCGCUGUUCACUGGCGGGACGUUGCGAGCGUACCAGUUGGAGGGUAUCCAGUGGAUGUGCAAUUUGUUUGAAAACGGUCUCAACGGGAUCUUGGCCGACGAAAUGGGACUGGGUAAAACGGUGCAGGUCAUUGGCAUGUUGGCGCAGUUGAAAGCUAAAGGCGUCCGCGGGCCGUACUUGGUUGUUGCGCCGUUGUCGACCUUGUCGAACUGGUACAACGAGUUCGAAAAGUUCACACCAACUAUUCCUGCAAUGAUCUACCAUGGAACGACUCCCGAGCGAAAACUGAUGCGAUCGAAGCAGCUCAAGAGAGGAACACAAACAAACCCGGACUUUCCCAUUAUCAUCACGUCGUAUGAAGUGAUCAUCCGCGACGCAAGCAGCUUCAAUUCAAUGGGAUUUGUGUGGAAGUUUAUGAUUAUCGACGAAGGCCACCGACUAAAAAACAUGGACUGCUUACUCAUGCGUGAGCUCAAGAAAUGCAGGUCAGAGAACCGGUUGCUCUUGUCCGGGACGCCAUUGCAGAACAACUUGAGCGAGCUGUGGAGCUUGCUCAACUUUCUUUUGCCCGACGUGUUCGACGACUUGGCGUUGUUCCAAAGUUGGUUCAACUCGUCGAGCGCGAAUGCAAGUGCCACCACGGAUGACAUUAUUUCAAAGCACGACGUCCUCACCAACCAAAAGCAAGGCCAGGUCGUGUCCAAGUUGCACGAGAUUCUCCGGCCGUUUGUGCUGCGGCGUCUCAAAACCGACGUCGUGCUUGACGUCCCGUCGAAGACAGAAAUCGUUGUGUACUGCCCCAUGACUGACCUGCAGGCGUCGUACUACAAAUUGAUUGCGGACAAGGAGCUCGCAAAAGCGCUGCAAGAAAAGCAUGGCAAGUCGGCAAAUGCUGCCAUGACGCUUCGCAACAUGGCGGUUCAACUGCGCAAGUGCUGCAACCACCCGUAUUUGUUCGACGAGGACACUGACGCGUCUGGAAAUGUCGUGACGGGCGAUCACUUGAUUGAAGCGGCGGGGAAACUUGUCAUCAUGGACUCGAUGCUCAAGCAAUUGCUUCAAAAUGGCCAUAAAGUGCUUAUUUUCAGUCAGAUGACCCGCGUGCUGGACAUCCUGGAAGACUAUCUCCACCAUCGCAACUACAAAUACUGCCGGUUGGACGGCAGGACUAAUUUCUCCGAACGGCAGCAAUCCAUGGACGCUUUCAACAAGCCCGAGAGUGACUUGCAAGUAUUUUUGUUGUCCACGCGGGCGGGUGGCCUCGGCAUCAACUUGACUGGCGGCGACACAGUCAUAUUGUACGACAGCGAUUGGAACCCGCAUCAAGAUAACCAAGCUCAAGAUCGCGUCCAUCGCAUCGGGCAGACGAAAGACGUGGUCGUGUACAGGUUGAUCACGGAAAACUCAUUUGAAAACCGCAUGCUGCAGCGUGCAAAUGCCAAGCGCACGUUGGAACGCGUCGUGCUGUCUCGUGGAGAGUUUUCGUCCGUGUCGGGGGAGAAGGCCAACCCAUCUAGCUUGACGAUGGAAGAGCUCGAGAAUCUGUUGAAAGACGACAUCCAGAUUCGACAGGAAGCGACGGGUGGCAUAUCCGAAAGCGAGUUGGCCAUGCUAUGCGAUCGCAAACAAGUCGUCGACGCAUUUGUAAAAAAAACGACGGACGUGCCCCGCGAAACCAAAGGGUAUUACGUCGUUGACUCGGCAUCGUCCAGGAUGGAAAGCUACACUUGAUGCUAUCGAAUCUCAAGAGCCGCCUACCGACUUCCGUAAACACUGCCAAAGUCACACUGGAUCGUGGGUCAAUUCAUUAUUGGUAUUGCAAUUAUUUCAAAAAUUCAUCGAUUACUGCUGUAUCUUCAGCUCCCAAAUACUAGUAUUUGCAGAAUUCAAAGAACGUAUUGUUGUUUAGUAUGUAGUAUUACAAUACAAA